AUUUGGGGUUUUCUGGGGGUAGGGGGAGGAGCGGAGAGGACGCAUGAAUGUGACCGAAGCGGAGAUUGCAGUGCAGAUUGCUUAGCUGUCACUGUAAGCACUCUAACACGACCCAGCCAGGCAAACGUGCACGUUUAAUUCCUUACAAUAUUAUGGGAUCAACGAAGAAAUGUUUUCGCUGCCCGCGGUCGGCCUUUGGGCGGUUUGAUUUGGAUGAGAGCAAGAACUUGAGAAACAGAAGGAAAGAGUCAAAGAAAAAAAAAAAAAGACAGAGAGAGAAAUAAAUCAGUGCGUAAGCAAUGCUAUAAAAUGUAAAUAUAACUAAGCCUUGAGCGAUUUUUCUAGUUUGGUCUCCGUGCGAUGGAUUCAAACAAAAGGCCGUCUGGCCACAACUUUUUCAAGUAGGGGCGGUGGGCUUCGCUUGCCCCAAGUCUUGAUUUUUCACGGUGCGUUUUCGUUCUGACCCACGUUGGCAAAAAUCUGCUCGUUUUAAAACCUCUCUGUGCUUUCCGUGUUGUGUGCUUGUUUGCUGUCCUUCCCCUCAUUUUAUAACUCUGUUUGCCGAGAGCAUAAAACUUUUUUUUUUCUUUUUCUAUUUUUUUUUUUUUGAGAAGGCUGGCUUGCAGUAAAUACACGUUGCUCGAAUGACCUCCCAAAGCCUGUAGCUAGAGAGAUGUAAUUCUACCAGGUGUGUUUAUGGAUUAGCUGGGAUGAAGAGGUUAAGGAAGUUGAAAAAAAAAAUCGGAGGCAAUCAACAUCUGAAUGUGAAAGUCCAGCUGAGACUGCGAACAAUACAAACUAUUGUGGAGAGAUGUUUUAACUCACUACUGUUUUAUAGGUAUCGUAAUCCGCCCCCGGAAAUGAGAUAAAUAGUCCUCCAACAACAACAAAAUUCGCCUUUUAAAGCUACUUUAGGAAACGGGGCUCGCACGAAUGCCACUUUCUGCCAGAGCACGUUUAAAAUUAGGCUAUUCAAUCGGUUGUAAUGGGAAAGGAUUAUGAGUAAACACAGCUUGCAAUGAACAACCUCGUGCUAUCCCCAGGAACUGCAGGGUUACGGCUGAAUUAAAAGCAUCUCAGCGAAUUUCAUCAGCACUGUUACUGUCCCUGCCCUGGGCCAAGAAUUAUAUUUCCGCUAUGGGGUAACUGCCAUGUUGAAAAAUGAACGUGGAAAUGCUUGUUUCAUGUAUUUUUUCCCUCUUAAAGACACACAUCCGCGCUUGAUCCAAUUAUUUGGAGCAACAACGAAACCGAUUGGCUUCUGCUGACUCAUUAGCGGAGCUAUAUUAAUUAGGAAUAGUCCUACUGGCUCGUUUUUGAAUUUGAAUGUUUGAUUCACUCAGCUCCACUUUGGCGGGGGGGGCUCAGGGAAGGCAGACACGUGGAAGUUUAUUUGGGCUCCUUGCGGGGCUCCGAGGGCUCGCCCGGCCCUUCCCAGGGCCUUCCCGGGCACUUGGUGCAAACCAAAAAUCCCCUUCCCCAGAAGGCCGCCGCCUCCUGCCUCAGCCAGAACCUCGGCGUUAAUUACCGGAGCGUUCAUUAAGACACGAGACCUCACCCACGCAGGAGGUGCAGCCCCCGACACAAAAGCUGGCGCUGGGGCUGGAAGCCUCAGCCGAGGGGCGGCCGCGGAAAAUCGCCUCCAAGCCGGAGGGUCGCGGCCGUGGCAUGGCGGUGGGAUGAAGGGAGAAGCGGCGGCCACGGGGGCUCAAACACUGGCAAGACCCCCCCCCCCCAAAAAAAAAAAAAAAAAAGGAAAAAAACCACCAGCGCUGCACGGUGCUGCGCGGAGCCCAGAUCCCCCUUUUCACGUGCUCCAAACUUUCCCUCCGCAGCAUCCAUCACCUCCUCCCGAGGGCCAGGGGCCGGCUCUCCCACCCUGCGCUGCUCCCGGGGGGCGGGGGGGGGGGGGGUCGCCAACUUUUACCGGCCGCCCCCCUUCGCCCCCCACCCCCAAUUAAACCGCCGGGGGCAGGGGGGUCGCGUCCCCAUCCUCCGCUGUCACGGCGCGCUGCGGCUCGCUGUAUUAUUAUCAUCAGUUAUUAUUAUUAUUAUUAUUGCUGAUCUUAGGGCAUCUCCCCGGGAGAGGGGCGGCGCCGCCGGGGCCGGGGGCGCGGCCGGUCCCCGCGGGCCGGGGGCGGCGCGGCGGGGCCGGGGCUUGCCGGUAACUUCGCGGCGCGGUGGCGGCGGCCCCGGGGGAGCGGGCGCCGCUCGCUCUCCCAUUGGCCGCCCCGCCGUCAGCUGCUCCUAUUUUCUGCUGUCGCUUUUGGCGCUCGGCCAUCCAGAAACAAACCACUUCGAUGACUACUAAUAGUUAUAGCCAGAUGUACUAAUACACAACAAAUCACGGGCCGGGCGAGGGGAGAGCAAAUGAGUUCCUAUUUCGUGAAUCCCACUUUCCCUGGGAGCCUGCCCAGUGGCCAGGACUCUUUCCUCGGGCAGAUCCCCCUUUACCCGGCGGGCUAUGAUGCUCUCAGGCAUUUUCCGGCUUCGUACGGGGCAAGCAGCCUGCAGGACAAGACUUACACCUCACCUUGUUUCUACCAACAGUCCAACACCGUCCUUGCUUGCAAUCGGGCUUCCUAUGAGUACGGAGCCUCUUGUUUUUAUUCGGACAAGGAAAUUAGUAGCGCCUCUCCCUCCGGCAGUGGCAAGCAGAGGGGACACGGGGACUACCCGCACUUUUCUCCCGAGCAGCAGUACAAAUCGAGCGGCGUGCAAGCCAAAAUUGUAAAUGACGAAGGCACCGACCGGAAGUACACGAGCCCUGUUUACCCCUGGAUGCAGCGGAUGAACUCCUGUGCUGGUACAGUAUAUGGAACUCAUGGGAGACGAGGGAGGCAAACUUACACCAGAUACCAAACGCUAGAGUUAGAGAAGGAAUUUCAUUUUAACAGAUACUUAACCAGAAGACGACGCAUUGAGAUUGCAAACGCUCUCUGCCUUACUGAACGCCAGAUUAAAAUAUGGUUUCAAAACAGGCGGAUGAAAUGGAAAAAGGAAAACAAAUUCAUAAAUUCCACACAACCCAGCAGCGAAGAAACAGAGGAAAAGUCAGGGGAGUAGAACCAUGUUUAAUAAACGCUACCAGGCCUUUCCUUA